CCCAUCCUUCAGCAGUCCCUCAACAGCAUCAGCAACAGUCUCCUCAUCCCCAGUUGCCAUGAUGUACUCUGCCAAUGUGCCUGCGGGGGAUCACGAUAUUUUCUUGCUGCUUCUAAAAAUGAGACAGAAGCCAUCAACAGAUCAUCCAGUGAACCUUGACGUACCCUGUCCGUCGAUGGUAAGGGAUUUUAUGGAUCGAAAUGUCACUAUGAUGGAAAUCGACAAUAAUUUGCUGAUGGCCCGUUUGCAAGAUCGUCAACGAGAUGAAGGAGAUGGCGUUUCGUGCAAACACCCAGUGUUGGAUAUUUUUGACAAGGCGAUCAUGAAGUUUUUCCCGCCAAGCCCGAAACUAGAUUGCGCAUCCAAACCCCCUUGGGUCCACCUGCGUGGGGACAAGAUUGUGGUUGACCAAAAUCUAGUCCGCGAACGAAGCAUUCGAUGCGAUUUCGCAGAGGUUUUGCGAGCAACUGAUGAUCUCAACCGUCGAGGCCCCACCUAUUCAACAGACAAAGAACAUAAAUUCCGCCUUUCGGACUUCGUUGAAGCUAGUUGUACAGAUAGACACGGCAACAAAUGGGAAUCAGUCAUAGCUGGUGGAUGGCGUAAUGAAAAAGUUGUUUCCACCACUGGUUGGCAGUUACUGUCACCUGAUGGUUUACCCGUCAAUGUUCUCAUAUGGGGUCAAGAUUCCAUUUCUCGGAACACUUUUGUCAGGAAACUGCCGAAAACGUAUGAAUUCCUAAUGAAAGCCCUUGGAGGGAUCGUGUUGAAAGGCUACAAUAUUGUGGGUGACGGAACUCUUCAAGCCAUAAUACCUCUGAUGACUGGGAAAACCGAGAUAGAACUUCCUGACGCUCGGAAACGGAUGGGAGAUGCGGCGAGUUCCGUGGAUAAACUUUGGUUGUUUGACGAUGCUUCAUGUAGUGGGUUGUCUGAAGGGAUCCUUUUGAAAGGAAAGAGUUGCAAGGUUGAACAGGAACAUAAAGUUCAGGAACAGAUGACAACGCAGGAAUCCUUGCAGGUUUCGACUUCGGUGACAAAGGUUGAGGAGGUGGCGGUUUCAACGAAGGGUUUACGGGAAUUGGCAGUGACGUCGUUGGUUGCUUUGACUACGAUUUCCACGUUGACGUCAAUUUCUCUGACGACUCGGGCGGCCUUUUGCUGGGACUUUGAUUUCUCUGAUUCUUUGUGUUUACUUUACGAGGAGCUGGUUUGCGGAAUGUUUCUUUUGGAUCAGAGUUUGGUUGGGAUUUUUUCCAGCUAUUCCUCUGAA